AUGAUGCAAUAUUUGCACGAUGGUGCGAAUAAUUUUGACUUUCUACACCUCUUCGACCAAAUGUCAGACCCAGCACAGAGAACCCACCAGUUCACUCACUCAAAUACUGAAAGGAGAGCCUCUGUGGUUUACGGAUCAGUGGGGAAACAAGGUUUGUUCCUUCCCAAAGAUUUCGUUCAUACUAGGGACGAUGAUGUGGAGAGUACGAUUAGCCACAAUGAAAACAGACCAUUGUUGGGCGCCACCCGUCACAAUAACAGGCGUAGAUCCAGUGUUGCCCAUGAAAUCAUUCAAGAAGAGAGAGACUUUCUUAAAGUGAACAAUAUUGCCGUGAACGAAAACGACGAUGAGGAAGUGGCCUCUGUCUUCGAGGGAGCAAUCACUUCGAAGAGAAUUCAUGACACUACUGCAACUAUCGAGUUGAUAUCUUUGAUCAAAUCCUCAGUUCCUUUGGUUAUGACGUUUCUUCUUCAAAACUCUUUGUCAACUGUUUCGGUUUUCACUGUGGGCCAUUUAGGUGCCGUGGAAUUGGCUGCAGUUUCAAUGGGCUCAAUGACCGCUAACAUCACGGGAUAUGCAACUAUUCAGGGUAUCGCUACUGCUUUAGAUACAUUAUGUCCGCAGGCUUUUGGAGCCAAAAAGUACCAUUUGGUAGGAGACUAUAUGCAAAAGUGCAUUGCAUUGAUCUUUGUGAUCAUGCUCCCUGUUUUAUUCAUUUGGGUCUUUUUUGGGUACGACUUGAUUACCCUUUUGUUGCCGGAUAAAGCAACUGCGAAGUUGGCUGCUGCAUACUUGAAAUAUCUCAGUCCAGGAAUUCCAGCAUAUAUCUUGUUUGAAUGUGGUAAGCGAUUUUUGCAGUCUCAAGGAGUUUACCACAUUUCUACGUAUGUUUUACUUUUUGCAGCACCUUCGAAUCUCAUUAUGAAUGUCCUUUUUGUGAAAAAGUUUGGUUACCUUGGCGCACCUAUCGCUGUGGCUAUAAACUAUUGGCUCAUGUUCCUUGGUUUGUUAAUCUCGACUCUUUAUUUCGUUGAGGCUGAAAUAAAGUCCUGCUGCACUUCAUCCUUUAGUCUGCUGGAAUCGUCAAUGGAUAUUCGUAAAGCAUUCAAGGGCUGGAAACCAAUU